AUGGGAGAGAGUCCGGCAGCAUCUCCAACCAGGUCACCCAAGAAAUCCCCUAAGAAAAGAAGGGCAGCAAAGCCAAAGAAGACCGGUCCUAGCGUUAGAGAUCUCAUUGUCAAGGCCGUAACCGCUAGCAAGCAGCGGAAUGGAGUGUCGCUGGCCGCCUUGAAGAAGGCACUGAAAGCUGGCGGUUACAAUGUGGAGAAAAACAAGGGACGCAUCAGGGUGGCAGUCAAGGGCUUGGUGACGAAAGGCACUCUGGUCCAUACCAAGGGCACUGGCGCUUCUGGCUCAUUCAAGCUGAACAAGAAGCCUCACAAGCCCACCAAGAAGGCAGGUUCGAAAGCAAGGAAGUCUCCGGCUAAGAAGAAGCCAAAAGCAAAGAGGGCCAAGAAGGCUAGGAAGUCACCCAAGAAGGCCAAGAGACCGGCUGCUAAGAAGGCGAAGAGCCCCAGGAAGGCCAAAAAGCGCACUGCAGCGAAGAAGGCCAAGAGUCCUAGGAAAGCUAGACCGGCCAAGCGCAGGGUUUCCAAAGGUAAGCGGGCGGCUGCCAAAAAGAAGUGA